AUGCUCGACAUCGUCAUCUUUAACGUUGGUAUUUCGCAGCAGCUUUUUGACGUACGUGCCUUUUCGGACAAUCUGUCCGUCUUGUACCACGACUCCAGUGCCGAUGUGCGGCUACUGCAGGGACGGGAUGAUGAGGAUGGAGAGCUUCCGGGGACGAUGUACUUCAGGGAAGCAAUAAAGAGGACGCCUUUGCUGAGUGAUUUGCGGAAGCAUGGGACUAUUGGGGUGGAAAUCAUGGCUUUGACCGCAUUAUACCUUCAAAUUUCGGAUCGGAAAGAUGAUGCAUAUCUGCAUUCUAAUACUGCCUUACGACUAGCCAUCAGCCAUGGUAUGCAUCGAUCCAAUAGUUCUCAGAAUCCACGCCGCUCGGAAAAUGUCCACCGGAACAGGUUAUGGUGGUCCAUCUACAUGCAAGAAAGGAGGUUAUGCGCCGCAGGCGGAUUCCCCAUGUCCAUUGAAGACUACGCGAUAACAACAAAGUAUCCGUAUGAGGUGUUGGGAUUCCCAUCCGCCAUAGCAUUGGACGUCAAUGUUCAAGCGGCGAGGAUAACCGGAAAAAUAACCGCCACAAUCUACUCACAAAGAGACGAGCCUGAGACGACUUUCAUCAAUAAUGUCCAAGAUAUUCUACACUCCUUGUACGAAGUGGAAAAGAACAUGCCAUCCGAGUACUCAAUGGAGAUCAAGCCCUCUGGGCUGACCGUUGCAGGACGUCCCUUCAUGGAAGCCGCGACCACAGUCUCGAGAACUAGCUCCAGCUUACACAUCUCGGUCUACUCGGCUGUAAUACAUACCGUUCGGCCAAUCCUACUGUACAUGGCUCGAAAUAGUCGCGACCCAGAUCGCGAAGACCACAGCGGUGUCAGGCCUGCACUCGUACGACUUGCAGAGAUUUGUGUUGAGACAGCAAGCAAGAUACUUGUCAUCCUGCAAGAACUUCGGAAGAGUAAAAUACUCGCAAAGAACGCUUUUCUCGACCUAGACGCAACAUUCUCCGUGGGAUAUGUAUUUGUCCUCGUUCAGGCCAUAAAUCCUGGUAAAGGGCUUGGGCACCAAGGUAUCGACGGAUCAAGGGCCAUUCUCAGGUACCUUGCCGCCCUGGGUAAUCGACCUGCAGCCAGACGCUUGGCAGAACUCGACCAGAUGUGUUCGCAUCUCGCCCUACCUGUCUAUCAAUCUGGCAUUCAGGCCCCCGAGGAAUCAUUCAUGGACCUCAUGGCCCAGCCCUUUUCAUUCUCGACUAGCUACAGAAACAGUGAUGCGGCCCCAGAAGGACCAUCAACAAGUGAAGGUUCGGCAAGAGCGAACAUCCAGGGACUAUCAUCAAGCGUCCAGGAUAGCACUGAUUCAACGUCGGAAGUCCAUGACAUGGAUGGUCAGCACGACUUUGGCUUCAGUGGCGCUGACUUGGCGAGUAUACCUCUGGAGGGCGAGAACAGCCUGUACUGGGUCUACCACACCCCCGGGUUCUCGUUCACUGGAGUCGAGCAGACGGAUUGGGAAGCCUUAGAGAACCAGAUUCCGUGGCAGCAAUGA